GAACACAUUGGAGCUAUUCAGACAUACAAGUUCCUGCCACUCUACUAUCAGCUAGCAGCUAGGAUGGGUUCAGUAACCAGUGACAGCAGCAACUUCCAGCCAGUUCUGAUGCAGCUGAUGCUAAAGGUUGCCACAGAUCACCCCCACCAUGCUCUGUGGGUCAUCAUUGCGCUGGCCCAUGCAUAUAAAGAUGAUGAGUUUCUCAAUAAGGAGAAGGCAGGGACAACUCGUAGGAAAACUACAUCUGUUGACAACAAAGUUGAAGAGGAGAGGGUGCAGGCUGCCAAAGGCCUGUUGGAAAAACUGCAUGGCUUUGAUAAAAAGCUGGCAGGUAUUGUGACCAACAUGGAGAAAAUCAGUAUUGCUUAUAUUGAACUGGCUAAUUGGUCAGUUGUCAGCCAGAAUAAUAGAAAUCCACAGCCUUUGCCAAAAGAACUAGCAAUUCUCAAAAUUACAGAUUGUGACAAUAUUUCGCUGCCAUCAGUUGAGCUGAAGGUAGACCCAACAGGUACUUACAAGAACAUUAUCUCCCCUGCUCGGUUUGGAACCACUUUUCGGCUCGCUGGAGGAAUUAACCUGCCCAAAAUUAUCACCUGUGUCGGGUCUGAUGGAAGGGAGAGAACUCAGUUAGUCAAGGGGAAAGAUGACUUAAGACAGGACGCAGUCAUGCAGCAGGUGUUCACUCUAGUGAACGAACUGCUUUCAGGAGAUGAAGAAACCCUUAGAAGACAGCUGAAAAUACAGACUUACAAGGUGAUUCCUCUAAGCCAGAAGUGUGGACUGCUGCAGUGGUGCGAAGGGACGAAACCCUUGGGUGAAUACCUGAUUGGCUCUAAUGGUGCCCACUUUAGAUACAGACCCAACGACUUGUCUGCCAAAAACUGUAGGGAUCACUUAGCUGCUAAGGUGAAAGAUACAUCUGAGCAGAAGUUGAAAGCUUACCUGGAAGUCUGUGCCAAGUUUAAACCGGUGUUUCAUCACUUUUUUAUGGAACAUUUUGUGGAGCCCUCUGUUUGGUUUGAGAAGAGGCUGGCAUACACGCGCAGUGUGGCUACAAAUUCUAUUGUUGGAUACAUCCUAGGUCUUGGAGAUCGUCACCUCAUGAAUAUUCUCAUUGAUCUACAGUCAGCUGAAGUUGUUCAUAUUGACCUCGGUAUUGCGUUUGAGCAAGGGCGCAUCCUGCCUACACCAGAAACUGUGCCGUUCCGCCUGACCAGAGACAUAGUUGAUGGAAUGGGAAUCACUGGUGUGGAAGGUGUGUUUCGAAGGUGUUGUGAGAAGACAAUGGAGGUGAUGAAAAAUAAUUCAGAAUCGUUGCUGACCAUUGUCCAGGUGUUAUUGUAUGAUCCUCUUUCACACUGGUCAUUAACACCUCAGCAGGCCUUGGCUAUUCAG